CCUCCCUUCCUUCCCUCCCUCCCUCCCGCCGCCGCCGCAGCCGCACCGAGACACAAAAAGCGGCUGGGCAGGGCCGGGCAGGGCCGGGCAGGGCCGCGCCGGCACCAUGACGGAGACCACCAAGACCCACGUUAUCCUGCUGGCCUGCGGCAGCUUCAACCCCAUCACCAAGGGCCACAUCCAGAUGUUCGAGCGAGCCCGGGAUUACCUGCACAAGACCGGACGCUUCAUCGUCAUUGGUGGCAUUGUCUCACCCGUGCACGACUCCUAUGGGAAGACGGGCCUGGUUUCAAGCCGGCACCGCCUGACCAUGUGCCAACUGGCUGUCCAGUCCUCCGACUGGAUCAGGGUGGACCCCUGGGAGUGCUACCAGGACACCUGGCAGACCACUUGCAGCGUGCUGGAGCACCACCGCGACCUGAUGAAGAGAGUGACUGGCUGCAUCCUCUCCAAUGUCAACACACCCUCCAUCACUCCUGUGAUCGGCCAGCCCCAGAACGAGUCCUCACGGACCAUCUACCAGAACAACAACAACGUCUCCAGCAAGCCCACUGCAGCAAAGAUCCUUGGGAAGGUGGGAGAAAGCCUGAGCCGGAUUUGCUGCGUUCGCCCACCCAUGGAGCGCUUCACUUUUGUGGAUGAAAAUGCCAACUUGGGGACAGUGAUGAGAUACGAGGAGAUUGAGCUUCGCAUCUUACUGCUCUGUGGCAGCGACCUGCUGGAGUCCUUCUGCAUCCCUGGUCUCUGGAAUGAGGCAGACAUGGAGGUGAUUGUUGGGGAGUUUGGGAUUGUGGUGGUGCCCCGUGAUGGAGCAGACCCUGACCGGAUCAUGAACCACUCAUCCAUACUCCGCAAGUACAAAAACAACAUCCUGGUAGUGAAGGAUGACUCAAACCACCCCAUGUCGGUUGUCAGCUCCACCAAAAGCAGACUGGCCCUGCAGCACGGGGAUGGGCACGUUGUGGAUUACCUCUGCCAGCCCGUCAUCGACUACAUCCUCAAGAGCCAGCUCUACAUCAAUGCCUCCGGCUAAAUGCCAGAGGUCUUGCAGGGAGACAGCCCUCAUGUCCCACCUGCCCACAGCUCUCUGUCACUCUUCUCUCUCUCUCUCUCAGUCUGUGCCUCCAUCUCUCUGCCCACCCCAUCGCCUCCUGCCCGUGUCUGCCUCUCACCCCCGGCGCCAACGCUCCAUUGUGCAGCAAUGUCCAGGGAACCGCAGCACGGCCCCAAGGAGAAUGGUUUGGUCUGUUUUUUCAGGGAGCCACCCUCCCCCUCACACAUGGGGAGGAAGGGGGGGACCCGAAAAAGAGUAGCUCUGACACCCCCCUCCCAGCAUGUCACUGGGAAAUGGUCCCACUGGUCCGUCCUCCCAGCAUGCUCAGAGAGGGGCUUCCUCUUCUGCAUCAUCUUAGAGUACUUAAGCUCAAUGAAUCUAGGUGAACUUUUUUCUUAAAUAGUUUUAAUGUGAGCCCUUUGGACCUCUCACCACGGUGACCAAAUGAAUCCUGGUUGGCAACAGGCAGUUGUAACACAACUGGCUCAGUGCCCUGUGGCAGGUGAACUUCCUCAGGCUGGGAAUAGGGCAACCCAGCUAACAAAAUCUUCCCCCUGGCACUAAAAAAUCUUGGAUAGUGCAUUUCUGAAGGGAAGCAGAGCCUUGGGAAAGCAUGGCUGCCAAAACAUUACUAGGGGGAGAUGUCAUGUCUCACCUUUCCUUGGCUGCAAGUGACUCCAACUCACCCUAGGUCACCCCCUAGGCAAGCGGAGUUGGGGAGAUGCUCUACUCUGACUCAGUGUCAGAGCAGGCAGCCCUCAGCAUCUAGAAAGGGACCCACCAUUUAUGAAGCCAAGAAAGGAGGGAGAAAGAAGCAAGUGAUGACCCCCAAACCUGGCUGAGCUUCGUGGGGGCUGGGUCCAUCCCCAUCCUCUAGCCUCCAGAUCUCCAUUUCUGUCUGUAAACUUCCUCCUUCUCCCUCCGCUCCUGCCCUCUUCCUCUCCUUGAAGAUUUUGUUAAAUGCAUGAUACUUCCCCCCUCCCAAA